UCAAAGCUAUUCGCUUAAACCGACGGAUAAUUUUGUUUUAGAGCUGCAUAAUCAAGCAGACCGUAGUAAGAACGUAGAAAUGGUUUUAAAAAAAAUCACUAGAUCGAGAAAAAGAGGAAUUAAUUAAUUUACUGUUAACAGCUUUUGAUGGAGGCGAUCCAAUGUUGUCAGGUACUGUACAGAUACAUAUCAGAGUGCUGGAUGCUAACGAUAAUGCUCCAUUGUUUGCACAAAAAAUAUAUAAGGCAACAAUAACAGAGAACUCCAUAAAGGGAUCCAUAUUAACAACUGUAAACGCCUCUGAUGCAGAUGAAGGCUCUAACAGUCAUGUGACAUAUUACAUUUCUGACACUGUGGACAAUCACGUAGCCAAUACGUUUCUGUUAAAUCAACAUACUGGCGAACUAUUUCUAAAUGGUCAAAUUGACUAUGAAAAAGCGAGCCAUUAUGAACUUGACAUUCAGGCCAGAGAUGAAGGAGGACUUUCUGAUUCAUGUAAAGUAAAUAUUGAUGUUUUGGAUGUUAAUGAUAACAAACCAACGAUAAAUGUUCUUUCUAUGUCCAGUUCUAUAUCCGAAACCUACCAUUACGGUACAGUUGUUGCAAUGAUAAAAGUAAAUGAUCCGGACUCAGGUAUUAAUGGAAAAGUUAAUUGUGCCAUUAGUGAAAAUAUUCCUUUUGUUAUCAUUUCCCCCUCCAACAAUUUCUUUAGUAUUCGCACAGAGCAGGAACUGGAUAGGGAGAGAGAGGCUGAGUACAACAUCACUGUGACGUGCUCUGAUGAAGGGGUUCCCUCCCUCUCCAGCAGCGCUUCUCUCCGUUUACAGAUAUCAGAUGUGAACGACAACGCGCCGGUCUUUCAGAGAAAUAACUACGAGGCGUAUGUAGUCGAGAACAACACACCAGGUCUCUCUAUAUUCACGGUGAAGGCCAGUGACAUAGACUCCAAUCAGAAUGCCCGUGUGUCGUACAUUCUAGAAGACAGCACUGUAAAUGGAGUUCCUGUGUCAUCAUAUGUGACAGUCAGUGCAGACAGUGGCAUCAUUACUGCCGUACGAUCUUUCGACUAUGAGCAGUUAAAGGACUUUCAUUUCCACGUAAAAGCGCAGGAUGGCGGUUCCCCUCCACUCAGUAGCAACGUAACAGUUAAAAUUGCAAUCCAAGAUCAGAAUGACAACGCUCCCCAGGUUCUCUACCCAGUACAGACUGGCGGUUCUCUGGUGGCUGAGAUUGUGCCUCGUUCAGCAGAUGUUGGCUAUCUUGUAACUAAAGUGGUGGCUGUUGAUGUGGACUCUGGACAGAAUGCCUGGCUCUCCUACAAACUACAGAAAGCCACAGACAGGGCGCUGUUUGAAGUGGGUCCACAGAACGGAGAGAUACGAACUGUGCGCCAGGUCACUGAUAAAGAUGCUGUGAAACAAAAGCUCACUGUUGUUGUGGAGGAUAACGGACAGCCCUCUCGCUCAGCUGUAGUUAACAUUAAUGUAGCUGUAGCGGACAGUUUUCCUGAAGUGCUCUCGGAAUUCACGGAUUUUACACAUGAAAAGCACUACAAUGACAACCUGACAUUUUAUUUAGUUUUAGCACUCGCCGCUGUUUCUUUUCUUUUUAUUGCUUGUUUAGUUGUAAUAAUAUCAGUGAAGAUCUACAGGUGGAGACAAUCCCGCAUCUUCUAUCAGUCCAAUCUCCCAGUCAUUCCGUACUAUCCACCCGGUUACACAGACGCAGGAGUUACUGGAACUCUGCCACACAUGUAUAAUUAUGACGUGUGCAUGACAACUGAUUCUAGGAAGAGUGACUGUAAGUUUUCCACACUUGGUGGGCAAAAUGUUUUAGUAAUGGAUCCAAGUUUCACAGAGACUAUGCAGCAUACAGUGAAUGAAAAGCACUUCCUGGAACACCCAGGUUCACCACCAAUGGUAAGGAUUUUCACUAAUUGA